UCAAGUUCAGGUUCAAGACUAAAAACGUAAACAAAACCUGAAAGCGACACAAGAAGAUAAAGGAAGAAUAGAAAGAAAGGUUGUUGGGAGAGAGAGAGGAAGAGGAGGGAGAGAUAACGGGCAGCCAUCUUGGAACAAGGCCCCUUGUCCCCGACCCACAGUGCUUCCCCAAACAACCCCAAGCUCUGCACGACACCCCAGACUACCCCUGGAAGAACUGAAAAUAGGAAGACUAAAAGAGGAGGAAGAAGGAAACAAAACACAAGAAGAGGUAGAGAGAGAAGAGAAAUAAAUAACAAUAGGAAGAACAAAAAGGAGGAAGAAGAAAAAUUAACAAGACUUUCACGUUUUUUCUGAAGUAAUUAUCUUUAUCUUAUCUUGUUCCUACUACUACUACUACUACUACUACUACUACUACUACUACUACUACCACUACUACUACUACCACUACUACAAACUGAUGGUAAAAUAUCACCUAACCUAACAUGACGCGACCCUACCAACCCAACCCAACCAGACCACACCACACACACCACCAGCUAUUCGCCGCACUCCUGACAGCCACCACAGCCGUCGCCACAGCCGCAGCCGACACAGCCUCAGCCACAAGCCUCGGCCAGCCACGCUACGACGCAGGGGACGUGAUAGCGAUUAUAGUUUUCAGUGCACUGGGGCUGGUGGGGAUACUGGCGUGUGUCGGAGCGUGUGUGAGGAGGAGGCGGAGAGCUGUGUUGGGGUACUAAGCAUGUUGACAGGGCGGAUGAGGGUGCUGGAUGGGGGCCUGGCAUCCACCCUCCAGGCCAGCGGGUUUGAAGUGGAUGGCGACCCCUUGUGGAGCGCCCGGCUGCUGUCCACGCAUCCGCAAGCCAUCCGGGAGGCCCACACAGCAUUCCUCAACAGUGGCGCCCAGGUCAUUGAGAGUGCCAGCUACCAGGCCAGCGUACCAAGCCUCCAGCGGCACCUUGGCACCACUGCAGAGGAGGCACUGGGGCUGAUUAGGCUCUCGGCGACACUCGCAACGGAGGCGAUGGAGGGGUGGGAGGAGGCGAGGAGAAGGAGAGGGGAGGAGGAGGAAGGUACCCCACGCAUCACAGCAGGGUCAGUGGGGCCUUACGGGGCAUGCCAGGCUGACGGGUCCGAGUACACCGGGGCAUAUCUCGACACAGUGCCCCGGAGUGAGCUGGUCGCAUGGCACCGGCCCCGCGUACAGGCUCUGGUCGGGGCGGGGCUGGGUCUACUGGCCCUUGAGACUAUUCCGGGGCUUGCCGAGGCCCUGGCGCUGCUGGAGGUGGUCAAGGAGUGGCCGGAGGUGAAGGUGUGGGUGUCGUUUUCGUGUAAGGACGGUCAACACACCAGCUACGGCGACCCCUUUGGCGAGGCGGUCAAGGCUUGUUACGAGCGGGGCGGGGGGCAGCUGGUGGGGGUGGGGGUCAACUGUACACCCCCUGAGCUCAUCACCCCUCUGCUCCAGGAAGCUGCCAGUCACCUCCCCCCUCCUGAUGUUCUCCCCAGGGUCGUGUAUCCCAACUCUGGGGAGCGAUGGGUGGCCGGGAAAGGGUGGGAAGGCGGCGGCGGCGGUGGUGGCGGCUCCUGGCCCUUCUUGGCGGAGGUGGGGGUGUGGGGCGGCCUGGGGGCUCGGCUGGUAGGGGGGUGCUGUCGCCUUGGGCCUGGGGACAUCAAGGACAUAGCUGGGGUGGUCAACGGGGUUAAGGUCACAUAAGCAAGGGGGUCAAGGUCACAUAAGCAAGGGGGUCAAGGUCACUUAAGGGAGGGUAUUGGAUGGGUCAGUAAUUCUAUAAACACAUCAAGGUGGAAAAACACUUGAGAGCUUCAUUAAUUUUUUUGACCUUUGGAAAUAAUGACUUAAAAGUGUUUCCUCAUUUUCUUGUCUCCUAAUCUCUCUCUCUCUCUCUCUCUCUCUCUCUCUCUCUCUCUCUCUCUCUCAUAUUUACACUUUUCUAUAUAUAAAUCUUCCCUCAACACAUUUUCUUUUCAAUCUCAGGUGUAUGGGAGGGGGGGAUGGAUUGAGGGAAGGACAGGUGAGGUCUAACACAGGUAACACAGGAAGGUGAAGUGUAAAUCAGAGGAAGAAAACUUACCCCGGGAGAAAAUGACCACAUGGGAACCUUCCUCACGCUCUCCUUAAUCUACCGAGCAGGGAAAACAAUAAUAAAACAUACCAAAACAUUCACAUUUUUCAGUGUGCAUUAUGCCGAAGCCUCGCCGUAGCCAUGAUGACAUCUCGAAUGACGAGUAUCACAGGUUAGGCAUAAAAACCCAAGAAAUUGUCCAGCAAAAUGGCUUCAAUCGUCAAUCUGUUCAGUGUAUGGUGGUUAAAUUCAAGGCAUCCGGCAGCCAGGAAAUGUCGGUCCACUGCCAUGGGGAGGGCCUCACUCUGUGGUCUCUCCCCGAACCCUCUGUAUUAUAAAGAGGCAAGUGGAAGCUAAUCCCACCUUAACAGCAAAGCAAAUCAAGGAAAACAACCCUAUGCUUUUCGAUAAUGCCUCUGUUUUCACUGUCCAAUGCCACCUCCACGAUAACACGCCCAUAAGAAGCCCCUCAUUAUGACUCAACCAAUGGAGAAACGGCUUAGUUUUGGUGCAAAGUAUAGAGACUGGACCUUGGAGCAGUGACGGAAGGUGUUGUGGACAAAUAGAGCGACGUUUAAAGUGACAGACAGCAACCCCAAAGAAAGUAUGCAAGAAAAUCUAUGGUCCCAACAGGAUGGAUAUUGCAACACUGCCUCCCCUGGUGAAAGCUAAUGCGCAACUAAUUCAUUGUUUUCCCUGCUUGGUAGAUUGAGGAGAGCGUGAGGAAGGUUGCCAUAUGGUCGUUUUCUACCAGGCAAGUUUUCUCCCUCUGAUUUACACUUCUUAUCUGAUGGGUACUGUAGUUGACAUGAAAAUAGUCUUAAAAUCAUUUCCUCAUUUCCCUAUAAUUAUGCCCUUCUUCAUUUCUACUGCACAACAAUGCCUGGUAUUUUGAAGUCUCCCAGAAUAGAUGAUUUCGUGAUCUUUCUAAAAUUCCCUCAAUGCCCAGAGUAAUGUUAGACUGAGUUUGUGGUUUGUGUUUGUGUGACUCGAUGGAAUUAAAUUUUAGUCAGCCACUUUUUGCUAAACUCCUGUAGCUUAGUCAUGUCUUCUUAUAGGAAAUCCGCAGGCAAGGGAUUAACUAUUGCGUUUUGGUCUCAUAUUGAUCAAACUGUACUUCUGUGAUUCAUUAAAACACCAUAUAUUUAAUGGACUACAUAUAUAUAUUUCAUAGUUAUUGUGUUAUCUUUGCUAACAAAAAUAAAAUGUAUGGAAAUAAUCA